GGCAGGGAAACCGCCACCUGGCUUACAUCUGGAUGUAGUCAAAGGAGACAAACUCAUUGAGAAACUCAUAAUUGAUGAGAAGAAAUACUAUCUCUUUGGGAGAAAUCCUGAUCUGUGCGAUUUUACCAUUGACCACCAGUCUUGCUCUCGGGUCCAUGCUGCCUUGGUCUAUCACAAACAUCUCAAGAGGGUUUUCCUCAUAGAUCUAAACAGCACACAUGGCACAUUCUUGGGUCAUAUCCGUUUGGAACCUCACAAACCCCAACAGAUACCCAUCGACUCCACGGUUUCAUUUGGCGCUUCUACACGGGCAUAUACUCUGCGAGAGAAGCCCCAGACACUGCCAUCAGCAGUUAAAGGAGAUGAGAAAAUGGGCGGUGAAGAUGAAGAGCUCAAGGGCUUGCUGGGCCUGCCAGAGGAGGAGACAGAACUUGACAACCUGACAGAGUUUAAUACAGCCCACAACAAGAGAAUUUCCACGCUAACCAUUGAGGAAGGGAACUUGGAUAUUCAGAGACCAAAGAGAAAACGAAAGAACUCCAGAGUGACAUUCAGUGAUGAUGAUGAAAUCAUCAAUCCGGAGGAUGUGGACCCUUCUGUUGGGCGUUUCAGGAACAUGGUACAGACAGCAGUAGUCCCUGUUAAGAAAAAACGGUUGGAGAAUCCAGGCUCAUUGACCACAGAUGAUUCUGCAUCACGACGUAUGCUUUACAGUGGAGGAUUAUAUGGUGGUUUACCCCCAACUCACAAUGAGGCAGGUUCCCAAUCGCAUGGCGUCCAUGGGACAGCACUCAUUGGUGGUCUGCCAAUGCCCUACCCCAAUCUUGCCCCAGAUGUGGACUUGACUCCUGUUGUGCCCUCAACAGUUAACAUGAACCCAGCUCCAAACCCUGCUGUCUUUAAUCCUGAAGCUGUGAAUGAACCCAAGAAGAAGAAAUGCAAAGGAGGCAUGGCCGGGCAAGAAGCCAACCCCUUCCCUACUGAUCUGAGUUGGGUUUUGUUGAGGGAGGGUGGGAGUUACGAACUCCAGAAACUGUUUAUGUGCAGUAUCGUCUUUUUAAAAUUUCAGUGUCCUAACCAGAUGUAAUACCAAGAUUGGAGAAGUGAAACAUCCUUUAAAGAUCUGUCUUCAAACGUUUUUAUAUGUCUGUUUAAAAGAAAAAAAAAAUACAGCUCCCAUAUCCUUUUGAACCAAAAUACCUGGCAGCCUUUUCUUAGCCAUUACUGUCCCCAGAGGUCUUUACUCUGAAUUUUGAUCCGUAAGUUGAAGGGGCAGAGUCAUACAAUUUAAUUAUCAUUUAUGGCAUGACCCUUCAAAUUCAUGUAUUUAGGUGUCGUGCUUACUAUGAGUAAUGUUGUUCCUGCUGGACUCGCUCAUAGCAGGUCACCUGUAUCAGAAGUAAAUAUUUGUGGGGCCAAGCCUUUCAGAAAUCCCAUUGGUAUGAGUUCUAAAACUUGCAAAAUAUAGGUCAGCUUUUA